GCUCUGGCUUUUGAUGAAGAAAUAUAAGAGACGAGAGACCAAGUUCUACAAAAACUGCUUAAUCCUCCGUCCAUAAUCGAUUGCAUCUCCUCUUCCUUCCUACUCCUCCAGCAAGCUACUAAGUUUUUGUGCUCCAAAUAGCCGUCCCCCCCCCCCCCCCCCCCCCCCCCCAAAAUUGCCAUGGGACUAGAGAAGGAAGCAAGCUCAUUCUCACAUGUACUUCAAGUUCCGCGGGAUGAUGCGGUCACCCCUCUCCUUCCCAAAUCACCCCGCCGCCUCUCCUCCCAAUCCAAGACCUUCGCCAACGUCUUCAUCGCCAUCGUCGGCGCAGGCGUUCUCGGCCUUCCCUACACCUUCAAGAGGACCGGCUGGCUCUUGGGCUUCCUCAUGCUCUUCUCCGUCGCCCUCCUCACCUACCACUGCAUGAUGCUCCUCGUCCACACCCGCCGCAAGCUCCAAGACCCUCUCCUCAUCGGCCUCUCCGGAAUAUCCUCCUUUGGCGACCUCGGCUUCGCCGUCUGUGGUCCCCUAGGUCGCUUCUCCGUUGACGUCAUGAUCGUUCUCGCCCAAGCUGGCUUCUGCGUUAGCUAUUUGAUUUUCAUAGCCAAUACUCUAUCUCAUCUUUUCGAUCCCUCAUUAACGACUCGGAUUCUUGGUUUGACCUCGAAGACCUUCUAUCUCUGGGCUUGUUUUCCUUUCCAGUUGGGGUUGAAUUCGAUUCCUACCCUGACCCUUUUGGCUCCCUUGAGUAUUUUCGCCGAUGUGAUCGAUUUGGGAGCUAUGGGCGUGGUGAUGUUGGAGGACGUGAUGAUUUUUCUUCAGCAAAGACACGCUUUGCAGGCUUUUGGGGGCCUUUCCGUUUUCUUUUAUGGUCUGGGUGUGGCUGUAUACGCGUAUGAAGGGAUUGGAAUGAUUUUGCCGUUGGAGUCGGAAGCUAAAGAAAAGGAGAAGUUUGGGAAGGUCUUGGGAUUGUGUAUGGCUUUCAUUUCUCUGUUGUAUGGAUUAUUUGGAGCUCUGGGUUACUUUGCUUUCGGUGAAGAGACCAAAGACAUCAUUACCACCAAUCUGGGCCAAGGAUGGAUUAGCACUUUGGUACAGUUGGGACUGUGCGUGAACCUGUUCUUCACCUUGCCACUGAUGAUGAACCCGGUGUAUGAGGUGGUUGAGAGGCGAUUCUGUGGCUCAAGGUACUGCUUGUCGGGGAGGUGGAUUAUAGUUUUAGGGGUGAGCAUGUUGGCUUUGUUGGUGCCUAAUUUUGCAGAUUUCUUGUCACUAGUGGGUAGCAGCGUGUGUGUCAUUCUGGGGUUUGUGUUGCCAGCUCUGUUUCAUUUGUUGGUGUUCAAGGAAGAAAUGGGUUGGACUGGGAUGGUUUUGGAUGGGGCAAUUGUGGUUUUGGGAGUCGUUAUUGGAGUCACCGGAACCUGUUCUUCAAUCAUGGAGAUACUUGCAACCAAAGUCUGAUUUCAUUGUAAUGGGGCUUUAUGUUAUUUUGGAAUCAAUUAAAUUUGAUACCAUUGUAAUCUUAUUCUAUUUACUCUGUUGUUGUAGAUUAUUAGGUAAUUGUACUGAAGGCUUGGUUUGAGAAAUGAAUCUGGCUUUGGUUUUUUCA